UAACUUUUAGAUUAACAUAAUACCCUCUUCUUGCUACCAGUGGCCCUUUACAUUUGUCUUUACUCUAUGUUUUUGCACAACUUGUUAUCAAAACGCAAUGCCUACAAUUAGUUGAGUAAGUCCAGACAGCAUCUGUAGACACAGACAACAGACAACAUCCUGGUUACUGUAAACGCUGGUUUUUUAUUCCCAACCCUCACCUCAGUCUCUGAAUUGUGUGCUGGGUAAAUCUAUCAAGGGAUUUUCUGGGAAAAGCCUAGUUAGUUUAGCAGACGGAUCCAAGGGUGGGAUUGAUAUGGACGGGAAAACUUGCUUGCUCAUUCUAUAUCAGCAGGAAUACAUGAGUCAGCUCUCGCUCUGUUACACCCAGAGUUGUUGCAACACACACUCUCACUCCCUCUAUCUCUCCCUCCCUCUCACAUACUCACACACAGGCCAUAUGACUGAGUCAAGCUCAGUUUUCGGUUUGUUGCAGAGUUGCGAUAAGGCUUUCUGGGAAUCAUAGCAUGGUUGGACGGCAUUCCAUUUAGAAUGUGUGCUCAGCAGCUGGGACUUUCUUAAAUACUCUAAGACACUUGGAUAUAUAACGUCAGCCUUAUAAGAUGUCCCUGAUGGCCGUGCCGGCCCCCCGGUCGUCUGUGUUUACAUUUGAAUCUACAGUACAUUCCUCCCAUGUGCUGCGCUGCCUGGACGAGCAGCGUCGCCGGGACACGUUGUGUGAUGUUACUGUGGUGGUGGAAGAUCAGAGUUACAGAGCCCACCGCUCAGUGCUCGCUUCCUGUAGCGAGUACUUUACGCACAGGAUCUCCUCCCUCACCCAGCAUGGAGCGGUCAUCACUCUGCCACCAGAGGUGACAGUUGCUGGUUUUGAGCCCUUGCUGAAGUUUGCCUACACAUCUAAACUUCUCUUCGGGAAAGAUUGUGUCUUAGAAAUACGUAACUCAGCUUCCAUUCUUGGUUUCAGAGACCUAGACGAGGCAUGCUUUGAUUUUCUCCUCCCUAAGUUCUUUUCCAGCAGCAAUGGCUCUGCUCCUUUUCCAAGAAAGACCUGUUGUAAGAAGAAAUGCAAGAGGCGAUUAUCAAAGGAAGACAGUGACAUUGACUCUAACAAUGUGUUGUUGGGUAAGAAAGAAGUAAAACCAGUUGCUGACUCACCAUAUCAGCAGGAACCGGCUUGGUGUCACAAAUCAGUGAACAGCAAGAUGGGAAGUCAGAACAGCACAGGUACUUUUACACCUGCAGUUGAAGAGACGUACAACCAAUUUAUGCAGUGUCCUAAGUAUCGCAAGUUCCAACUGGCUUGUGGAAAGGAAACAUGUGUCACAGAGAAAAGUCUCAACAAUCCAGUAACAGUAAUCAGGGAUGACAGUAACCUCUCCUGCUUACCCUGCUCCAGCAGUGUGAACAACAAGAAUGAAACUGACAUAACACUCUGCGGAAAUUCAUUCUCAAAUUUCACCAAGCAGAACAAAGGAGGGGCUGAUGAGCCAUGGGAAACUGAAAUACAUGUCAAGAAAACAGAGAAUGGUAUGUACAGAGGGGAGGUUGAUAUCACUGAGAAAGACACAAAUGAAAGGCAGAGAAAAUUGAAAAAGAAGGAAAGAGAGAUGGUUCUGGAGGAAGACAUUAGCUCUUCAGACAGAUCCAAUGUCAAGGCAGUCUCCUCACAGCCAGGCACUGCGCUGAGUGAGAGGUCAUCAGAGUUAAUAUUGCAUGAAUGCCCCCUAAAGAUCUUUGGUGAGGGCCCUGCACUGUCAUCGGGGCACACGAGGGUUAUCAUAGACAUUACAGAAGGCAAGAAAACAAGGGACUGCUGUUUAGUAUCACCAAUAUCUAUUCAUCGAACAACAACCGAACAGGUAGAAGCUGAGCGGAAACGUGCAGAUGAUGAGAUUGUACAGACAGGCAGCAUGGAGAGAGAAGCCCUGUUGGUAAAUGAUGCCGGAGAAAGGAGCACUGUGGAAAGGGAGAUGGCCGAGCAUCUGGCUACGAGGUUGGGGUCUGAUAUGGGCUUUUCUCAGCUGAACGUCCAGGACCCUGAUGCAGGAAGUUCCUCUGAUGCAGGGAGUGGACGUGCACAGAGCACAUCUUUAGAGUGGCUACAGUUCCACAACCUUAGCUCCAGUAGCACCGGCUGUCCCUUUUUCCAGGAUCUGGAUCAGAGCAAAUGUUUAUGGAAAGGAGCAGAGCUAUCAGAGUGCGAGGGGGCAUCUCAGUCCGGUGUGUCAUCCAUCACCUCAGGGGAGGAUGGAGACUCAGAGACAGAAACAGAAGGAGACAGUGAGACCUGCACAAGAGAAAGGGCCAAACAGGUGCAGUUGCCAUUCUCUGUAGAUUGGAUUGUGGAUCUGAGCAGAAAUGACUUCCAGCAGCUGCUAAAGCAACAGGUCUUUACUCAUGAACAGUUGGAGUUGGUCCACGAUAUGAGACGUCGCAGCAAAAACCGCCUUGCAGCUCAGCGUUGCCGGAAGAGGAAACUAGACUGCAUAUAUAAUCUGCAGUGUGAAAUCAACAAGCUGAAGACGGAGAGGGAGAAACUGAUGACAGAGAAGAACCAUCUGAGCCAGCUGAAGUUGAAAACAUGUCACAGUGUCUCUACAUUGUACCAGAGGGUCUGCAACGAAGCCAACCUGCAGCCAGAACAGCUCCAGGUGUUAGCCAAAUACACCUCUGCAGACUGCCCUCUGUCCUCCUUUUUUCCUCACAUAGACACACUCCUUUUACAGCCUGGGUUGACACUCCAGUCGCAGGCUUUACUCUCGGCCUGUUUUGCGGGCCUUGAUAAGUAUGUGGCGUCUGAGGAGGCUUCGUCCAGCUCCAGAAAGGAUUCAGUCACAGGAGAUGGUGAACAUUCGCUUUAAAUACCCAUUCAGCACACAUACAGUACAUACAGCACAUGAUCUCAAACUAGUUAAUAAUUGGUUCCCACACUGUAUCAUACAGUAUCUGAAAACAUUACCCCAGACUAUGGACUGUUUACAGGCUGCAUAAUAAAGCAGUGUCAUCUUUGUGAUCCAUAUAUAAUGUAAUGUAAGCAGCACAAACUUUAAUUAACUACCCUCUUGGGUAACACUUUACAAUAAGUCUGAAAAAGGGUAACUAAUCAUUUGUUACUCUUUCAAAAACAGUAACUAAUCAUUAACUACCCUUUUUUGUGUACCUUAUUGUAAAGUGUUACCUUAAGAGGUCAGGUAUGCAUUCCAGGUGUCUAAAACCAUUCAUUUAACUUUUACACCAAGUAUAAGUCUCUGAUGACCUUCUGUAACGAAUGUGUCACGCUUUGCAAAUUAAUUAUUAGACUUUGCUUUCUGGUUAAAGCUGAAAGGUUUCUGUUUAUAAAUCAACGCAGACAGCCAAGGUGCAUGAGAAUGUUAAAACGUUAGCACAGAGAUAAUCAAAACUUAAAUCAUAUAUUAAAGGGACCAAUUGUCUCUAUAUUUAAAAUGUGCUUCGCUGGUUGAUAACCUCAGGACAACACACUUAAUCCUCAUGUACUUAAAUAGUUUAAAAAAUAAUUUUGAUACAGGUUCUCAGGUGGAAAUAGGACAAUUCAACGUAAGAUACCUCUUGCACACAGUGUUGGUUUUGCCCUCUUCAUGCAGAGUGCAAUGCAAAUCUGCAUUUUUACGCCAAAACCAGACAAUUCAGUAAAUAGACUUGAUGUUUACCUUCUGGUUCUAUGUCUAGCUAUCAUAUUUCAGGUUGUCAUUGUGGUAGUCUGACCACAGUGACAUGACUCUACCAGGUUGCACACAGCUCUCAGAGCUUUGCCGUGACUCACCAAACAGACCUCACAAAUUUGCCAGCAAGUUAAACGUGCUGGCUAAAAGAAAAUGCACCUUGGAAGAGCUUUUCAUGCAUGAACAAAGCACACUGUGUAAUGAAAAUCCUUCCCAUUAUUUGUCCCGCAUUAUGUUUCUGUCCUGUACUAUGGCAGGAAUAAACUCUUAUCUAAUAUAUGUUGUGGAAAUAUGGUGUUACCCUUCACGAAAUGAUCUAAAUUACUGUAAAUGGUCAAGUAAACAAAGUAGAAUGAACUUGUUGAUGCGUGCAGGUCAAGCAUAAUUAUGUGUAUAUUUUUUGUUCCCUAUCAAUCAUACAAUUGUUUUUAUUUUGUUUUGUGCAUCCCAUUCAUUACUCCAUUUUCUGUAGCUUUUCUGUUGACUUUCACCUAUGAUCUUUCACCUAUUUUUUCUGCUUAUAGAUCUUUGACACUCAUGAUUAAGUUUCACUGUAUUACAUGUGCAUACAGUAUGUCUGUGGAUCCCUUUUCACUCAUGACAAUCAUUACAGUGCAGCUGGUCUUAACUAUUUGUGUGAAAUAUUAAAUAAUACAGUAAAUACAAAACAAAUCAGGUAUAUAUAGAUUUCAUGAGGAAAUGUUGAUUAACGACAUUGUAUUUUUGAGGACAGUGGUGUUUAAGGGUGUUAUAAAAUGUAUUUUUUUCCCACCAAGCUGACUCCAAACACUGGUGCUCAUUGCCCUCUAGUGGCAGUGCCUGUAUAGUCAAUGCACUGAGAGCUGUAUACUGUAGAAUUGUACUACAGUAGCCUUUAUGCUACACAAGUUGCUACUACUAUUACUACUGUGUUCCUUUGUUUUUAAUCCACAAAAUGACAGUUUUCCAUGACAAUGUCUGAAUGGAUUCCUGCAUUUUUAAGUAAAAGUGAAACUGAACCAAUCAAUAUUGAACAGUAAAAUAUG